UGACAGAGUUAGUGAGAUCAGCAGCCAUGCUUACAGCACUCACCCACCCCCAUUCGGCCGGAUGGAAUCUCAUGGUCACAAUCCAGCCAACAUGGCUGGCAGCUACAUUCGCUUCUCUCCCGUCAGCGACCUUAAGCCUCCUGAUCUGCGAACACAGAUAAGCGAGAUCUCGAUCGAGCGCAGCAGGCUCACUCUAGCAGACGUCAUACAGGAAGGUACAUUUGGGAAAAUAUAUCAUGGCGUGCUACUUGGAGAAGGAGCUGAUAUGGAAGUCGAAAAUGAUGUCUUCGUCAAAACUGUCACAGAGCAAGCGUCGGAGUCACAGGUCAAUCUGUUCAUCACAGAAAGCUGCAUGAUGCUAGGGCUAUCAUUCCCCAGCAUCCAGACCAUCCGCAGUAUGUGCAUGGACAAUGAGCGUCAACCACUUGCUGUCUUCCCUUAUGCAUCCAACGGGCUUCUCAAGAAGUUCUUGCAUAAGUGCAAGAUCCCAGGCGAGGGCCAGGGCACUCAGAGUAAACUCUCUACACAAGAGCUAGUCCAUAUGGGUAUACAAAUUAUACGGGGAGUGCAAUACCUGCACAAAAAGAAGAUCAUUCAUAAAGACCUUGCUACUAGGAACUGUGUGGUUGGUCAAGAUCUGAAUGUAAAAAUCACCGAAAAAGCUCUCUCGCGGGACCUGUUUCCCAAUGACUACCACUGCUUAGGUGACAACGAAAACAGGCCAGUGAAGUGGUUAGCCAUCGAAAGCCUCAUUGAUAAGCGUUUUUCACCUGCUAGUGAUGUGUGGGCAUUUGGUGUAUUGCUGUGGGAGUUGAUGACCCUUGGUCAGCAGCCAUAUCCUGAUGUCGACCCGUUCGAGAUGGCACAGUACCUCAGAGAGGGUUACAGGUUAUCUCAGCCAAUCAACUGUCCAGAUGAACUGUUUGCUGUCAUGGCAUGCUGCUGGGCUUUGUGUCCGGAUGACCGUCCAAAGUUCACCCAGCUGCUCCAGUGUCUGCAAGACUUCUAUGCACAUUUAGGCAGAUAUAUCUAAUAUGGCUUGAUCCAUAUUAUCUUGAUAUUAUGCUGUUAGCGUGAACUGGUAGAAGCACUUACCGGGCAGUCGUAAUUAACGCGCAGGAGGCUAUCGUGAUAGUGGCUAAAUUUAUUUCUUCGUUAGUCACUUGUCCGUCAUAAUGAUUUACAGUUUUGCACCCUUCAGCAUUGAAUGCUGAUGUAUAAGAGGAUAGCAUAUUAUGUUGUGCAUGUACGGAUGCAGCCUUCUGUGCUACACCUCCCUUUGCAGAGGUUAAGAGUGAGCCAUAACAAACCAACUUGUGCAUGCAUACUACAAGACACAUCGAUAUGCCUUGGUCAUGUUUUCGAGUAACUGGGUGUGUGGCCGUGGUUGCUCCCUCUGUUGCUGCCAACUUUUCGACUACACUCACAAACCUCCCAUACAAGCUUACAGCUGAAGCUGGUGUUAUUUGUAGUCAGGUGUGACAGCUGACAGAACUUAUUAGCAGUGCUGACAAUGCCUGGCUGUAAGUAAAGUAGAUGAGAGCUUGCAUGGUUUUGUGGCAUCUGUUCAGCAAAUACCUUGUGGUGCACUCCUUAAAUGAUUAGUGUAUUUCAGCACCUGUGUGACUGUGAGUGUAGUUUUAAGGAGUGGGACUCUUGUCAUUUAAUGUGGCCUGUAUUGUUUUAAAAAUUGUGUGCUAAACGUCUUGGAAAUCGUCGAGAUGCACUAGUAACUGAAGGAAAUGUUGACGAUUGUUAGUCUGAUCCUCUAGUGGAACACUCAUCUGCCAGUAGUUUUUGCCAGCUAGAUACAAGCCUAAAAUAUUUGUCGUAAGUAAAUUAGUAGUAGUAAUUGAAUCAGCCUUUAGUAAUCGAGACAAUUGACUAAUAACAUCUAGACACGACACGCGGGAUACAAUAUCUGUCACCGCAGAUACAAUACUGCCACCUGGCAUUAGAUGUGUUCUCUUGCCAUAAUUCUAAUUUAUUGUUACUAAUGAAAGAUUCUCUGAUAUCAGGCAUUAUCUUUAAUUGUGAGUGUAUUGUUAACAAUAACUUUCAGACAAAUUCACUAAAAGUUAUGAACCUUAGCUAAGAAUUAAAGUUAAGUAAAAUAAAAACAAGGAAACCCUGCUUUUUAUGAUUUUAUGCAUUUAAAUUAAAUGAUCAAAAUUUGGGCAGGUAGACGCAGGUACAGCCUCAGUAAUACUAAUAUAUAUAUAUAUAUAUAUAUAUAUAUAUAUAUAUAUAUACAUAUACAUAGAUAGAUAGAAAGAUAUAUAAUAUAUAUAUCAAGAGUAGAUAAUAGGAGACUAUUAGUGUUACUAUAUAGUAUAUGUAUAUUAUAUGUGCUUUAUAGAUAUAACACCUAUUUAGUAUUGCUGAGGAUGUACCUGUAUGCUGCAUGUAACUGUCCAAAUUCCUAUUUAAAAGUCGUUCCAUUUUCUAAAGUCGUUAUAGACAAAACAUUCAUUUAUUAAAAAUAAUCACUGAUGUUACAGCAACAUUGAUUAUUAACAACUAAAGUUCUAUCAGAAGAAUGCGCCUAACAUAGGCCGGCAUCACCGUAUACCUGGUAACAUAACAUCCAGUGAAGCACCCCGUCUUGAUAUUGUUAUUUUACGUCGAGACUAACUAAUUUAUCUUAACUGGAAGGUGGCAUUGCCAAAAUUUCAAUGUUUGCCGUAUAAUGAUUAUAAGGAGACAAUAAUUCAAUACUCAAUAUCUGUUUUAGAUAGUUGACAUUUUUAUUGAUUGUAGUCUUUUAGGCUAAUAAUUGAUGUAUUUUUGCAUAUAGAGGUAACAGACAUUAGAUUAAUAUUAAAUGUUAUGCCUAAUAGCUUAAUACAUUGCUAAGUAUAUCGAAUUUUGCACCCUAUAGAAUCUUAUAAAAACCAAACAGGGGUGAUGCAAAUGUAAUUCGUAAGUUAAUGGGUAAAGAGUCUACUCAUUGUGAAUGGUGCAUGCAGUCAGUGUAAAUUUAAAAAUAUAUAAUUUAGACAAUUUAAAUAUCUGUAGGUACUCCGCGUAAUAUAUUAACAAAGUUAAUGCUGCGUCGAAGCAUUUGUAUAUUGAUUGAGCUGUCCCCUGCCUCGCAAGCAGUAGUCUGUGCUAGGCUAUUGAUCGAAAACUAAUAUUGUUAUAGUGAUACUAUGAGUGCUAUACAGUUGCAGAGUGUGUGUUCUCUAUGUCAGUGUGCCGUGUGCUUGCACAUCACAUACAAUGAAAUUGGUGGAUCUUGUGUAUUAUCGCCAAUUUAAUGCCAUUAUGACGAGUGUAAAUUUCCGGGAUUCUUUAGAAGUUAGGAUUCGUUUCCAUUACCAGUAACUUUUGCAGGACAACUAACAAUUACCAAGAUUCAUAUUGCUGUCCUGCUAUAAUACCUGUAAAUAUUUCUGAUGUCCUUUGUAGAUUAGUCAUAUGUGCUUCUCUUUUUUGAGUCAUUUGUUGAUAGGGUUCGUUUGCUUGCAAAUGUUCAGUUGUGUACUAGUAAAAGUCAAUUUACUGUAUUUGUAUAUUCGCUGGAAUUAACGCGCAUGUGCAUGCACGUAUGCACGUUCACGUACAUCGUGUACUGGCUAAAAUGUCUUCCUAAAUAACUCCACUACUUCUAUAACUAGGUAGUUUGCUGUGCAAAUAUUCAGAUCAUGUGGCUGUACGUGUUUCCUGUAUCUAUCACAUCCCGUAUGCUGUAAAACGGUAUUGUAAUAACAUGUAAGGUGCUUUUCUUAAAUGUAUAAAGUAGAGAGAACUGGUUGUCUUACCAAAUGUGUAUUAUAUAGUAUUACAUACUUGCAAAUAAUGGAUAGGAUAACCUUUUAAGUCUAAUUUAAAUUUAUGAACUAGGUUUGUGCAAGAGACACUCGCAUAGGAGGAAGAUAAGUUUGACACGGGCAAUUUUUUUUUUAAUUACAAUUUUGACCGUUUUUACUUUUUUGGAAAUUGUUUAAGAAGUUUCAAAACAACUUCAAAUGUGUUCAUGUUCGUCUUGUUAUAAUAUUGUUUCAGAAAUUUAAAGGAAAUUCACUAAUCCUGUUCAAAAAGUUGACUUACUUCAUCACACUGUCUACAUUGUAUAACUAUUACUAUUGUGAAAUAUAUAUAACUACUCAUUUUA